CUUUUUUGUCCUUGGUAUGCCAGUGUUGUCUCUAAAUGUUGUCAGUGAUGUCUAGGCUAUGUUAAGUUUUUCUCUAUCAAAGGGAUGGUUUUGCUUUUACCAUGUUAGACUUAAUUAUUCAUUUUUAAUUAUGAAAUAUCUACUAGUCAGUUUUAUCAAAGUUCCACGAGGUAGUACAUAAACUCACCAAAAACACUCCACAAUGUGCUCCAAAAUGUCCCCACAAGUGACUCCAAAGCAUUUUCAUGAGCUAGACACAUACAGUCACAAGUGGUUGUAGGGGAGCUGUAUGUUGAGAUAUAGCCACAGCCUACUCCAAAAUACUUUGACCUAUUUUAUUUCACUGUAAAGUUUUUUUUUAAUGAGAAGUAUCUUCCAACCUUAUGCCUAACUCGUGUGUAAAAUAAGAGGUUUUAUUUUCCUACAUUGCUCAAUAGAGCGUUACGUCAUGUACAUCGCGCAUGAGCGCAUGUACACAAGCCCAACCAGCACAGCCGCUUUGAAUAUGCUCUUCAGUUAAAAUAUCAGUCGUUUAACAGAACUUGCUAUUGUCUCGAAUCAGACUAACUGAUCUAAUCCCUAAAUACAUUUGCAAAUAGAAAUUGAUAUCGCUUUUUUCCCCAAUAUCCCGUUGGCAGAUCAAAUUACGCGAGAUUUACAGUGCAUUUCGGGAUUAGGUUCAGACAAAAAGUCUGCCAGAUAAUGAAAUAUAGGCCAACUGGCUGGUGAGUGUCUAAUGGAUUUACAGUUUAUGUAGGCUACACUUGUAUUUAGAUGAAGGGAGAUCAGCAGAGGUUUGAGUGAAGAAUGCAGCUAUUUCGUUUUCAACCUCGCACUUUAGACCAUGACGCGUGAGCACACACAGACACUCGUACUUUGGCACAGCACAGCCCACUCUCAAGUUGUUUUGAGUAUACUCUUAAAAUAAAGUCUCUAUUUUAACAACUCUGCAAUAAGUUACUUCAGGCAAAUAUAUACUGCUGCUAGCUAAUUUAGGAAAACUCCCGAAGAUUAAGCUAACGAUGCUACAAGUAUUUCUGAUUGGUGUUCUGUUGUUGAACAUCAACACUGCCGCGGCAUUUGAGCCCAUCAGUACUAGCAUAGCGGUUGGAAUGGCAGCGGCUCUCACUGGAUUCCUCGCUACCUACCAGAACAUUUUUUACUAUUUUGAAGAAUGUUGUAGACCGGAGUGGAUCUCCUUCAAUAAAACAGGUUUGGAAGUGGACCUAGAUCAGAAAUUGUUUGGUCAACAUAUUGUUUCCAGAGUUGUUCUGAAAGCUAUAACGGGUUUCAUGAAGAAUAAAAACCCAAAGAAGGCCUUGGUGCUUUCUUUACACGGCUGGACUGGAACCGGGAAGAACUUUGUAAGCUAUCUCAUUGCAGAAAACAUCUACAAGAAGGGCAUGGCCAGCAGUUUUAUUCACCAGUUUGUGGCUACAGCUCACUUCCCUCAUCAGAGCCAGAUUGAGAACUACAAGUCUCAGCUGCAGCACUGGAUUAAAGGAAACGUCACCAACUGCCCCCAGUCCAUGUUCAUCUUUGAUGAAAUGGAUAAAAUGCCUCUCGGUCUGAUUGACAGUAUAAAGCCCUAUCUGGACUACUAUGAGACACUGGAUGACAUCUCCUACCGCCAAGCCAUCUUCAUCUUCCUCAGCAACUCAGGAGGUGAGAACAUCAUGCAAGUGGCUCUUGACUUCUGGAGAGCAGGGAAAGACCGAGAAGAGAUCGAGUUGAAAGACCUGGAAAUGGCUCUCUCCCUGUCUGUGUUCAACAACAAGAAUAGUGGAUUCUGGCACACCAGUCUGAUUGACAAGAACCUGGUGGACUUUUUCGUCCCUUUCCUGCCUCUGGAGUAUAAACACCUGGUGCAGUGUGGCAUGGCAGAGAUGGACGCACUGGGACUGAAGCCCAAUCACACCUUAGUCGACCAGGUGGUCAGAGACAUGACAUACUUUCCCAAGAGUGAGAAGAUCUUCUCUGUCAAGGGCUGCAAGACCAUCAGCAGUAAGCUGGACUUCUACAGAGAACACGUAUGACAUGGUCAUGACGUUCCGGUUGGACGCUGCAGACUGACACAUUUACUGAUCAUAAUGAAUGUAGGAUGAAAGAUGAUUUUAUGUCUAAUCAGUCUUGUCACCAACUGCAAUUUAGUUGAUCUCAACAAAAGAACAGCUGUCCACUGAUGGACUACCCUACAGUGUCCAUAGAGUCACAACUGUCCAUACAGUGUCCGUACAGUGUCACAGCUGUCCAUAC